CCUCUUAACAUUUGUACCAAGCCUAGCUAACGAUUUCACUAGAGUUCAAGAAAUGGGUAACUUCAGUUUGAAAUACUUGUGCCUAGCUGGUUUGCUGGUUUCAGCUUUUGCCAUGCAACUUACUGAAGGCCGAGUGGCAAGAAAAGACCUCGGGAUAGACCUCGGAGGAGUCGGGGUUGGAAUCGGUACUGGGGUUGGCAUCGGGCUCGGAGGGAGUGGUUCAGGCGCCGGUGCAGGAUCUGGCUCUGGGUCUGGCUCCGGAUCAAGUUCGGAGUCAAGCUCAAGCUCAUAUUCUUCCUCAAGGUCAAGUUCAGGGUCGGGAUCAUCAGGUGGAGGGUCUGAAGCUGGUUCUUCUGCAGGGUCUUAUGCUGGCUCUAGGGCUGGAUCAGGCUCCGGAAAUAAAGGCCAUGGAUAAGUCGCUCCAAAUACGUACUUCUAAAUGCAUGUGGCUCGAUCUGGGGCAAAAACUAUUUUCAUCACCACGUUGUUAUUAUGACAAGAUAAUCAAUAGUGUUAAGUUUAUGUCUGUAUUAUUGUAUGUUAUGUAAUAUUACGUCAAUAAAAGAAUGGAUUGGUUUAGAUUGA